AUGUCCAUUCACCUCCCUCCUUUAAUAAGCCCAUCGCAAUCGAGUUGCUCGACAGAGAAAGGGCACGAAGGCGGAGCAGAAUCUUGAAGCCCUAGAAACGGCAUAAUUCCAGCUACAUAACCGGAGACGACGAGGAACGCGCACGCCGCGGCCCGCCCAGCAGAGAGGCAGCGGAAGAGAAGAAGACGCCAUAUAGAGAAGGAACAAGUCGAUGGCGGCCAGCCUGUGGCGAUCGGUAUUCGGAGGAUCGGCUGCCCCGGUGGAGGAGGAGGAGCGCGUGGCGUUCUGGUCGAGCCCGGAGCGGACGGGGUGGCUGACGAAGCAGGGGGAGUACAUCAAGACGUGGCGCCGCCGGUGGUUCGUGCUGAAGCAGGGGAAGCUCUUCUGGUUCAAGGACUCCACUGUCACCCGCGCGUCCACUCCCCGUGGCGUCAUCCCCGUCGCCUCCUGUCUCACCGUCAAGGGCGCCGAGGACGUCCUCAAUCGCGCCUUCGCCUUCGAAAUCUCCACCCGGGGCGAGACCAUGUACUUCAUCGCUGACUCCGAGAAGGAGAAGGAGGAGUGGAUCAAUUCCAUCGGCCGCUCCAUCGUCCAGCACUCCCGGUCCCUCGCUGAUGCCGAGGUCGUCGACUACGACAGUACCAAGCGAUCCGCCAAACCCUCCUCCUCCAGUGAUUAGAAACCCUCCAACGAUGAAGAAGAGAAAAGAUGAUGAUGGUGAUGAUCGAUGAAUAGGUGCGCCUAUCAGGCCAUCUCCCUUCUAAAAUAUCAAAAUCUAGGGUUUCUAAUUCUUUAUUAUGCUGUGGAUAAACUUGUGUGAUUUCUUCUCUGAUUGGAUCUUGGCCAGCUUGCUACGGUUAUAAGAUCCUGUAUCUAUCGUGGUGGCCUUCCCUGCCUCGCUGUGGAUCUACCUUAUCUUUGUGUAGAACUAUCCGUUUUACACUGUUCCCUAUGUUCUCUAGCAAUUAUAAUUGCCUUUCUUACUUUA